GCACUAGUUCAGUGUUGAAGCGAAAACGAACAGACCUUAUGUUGCCGUGUAAACGUAGUCAUUCAUAGGCCUAGAAAAGACAACAUAACCUCUCUUUUAUUCAGUGUCUAAGAAUGAUGCAGGCCACGAGGAUGAUGAUGAGAAGCUCAAGUAUCUAUGAAUCCUUUAUUCCAAAUUCUGUUUACACACAAUGCAUACGCUGGAAAAGAAGGCCAAUAUGGUUACCUACAGGAAAAAAGAGAAUAUUUCGAGUACCAAAAAGGCCUGUCAUACCUAUUGAAGAUGAAAUGGAACUCCAACGUUUAUAUAAUAAUUACAGGACAUUUAUGAGGUCAUUGAGAUUACACAUAACGAAUGCUGUGGCAGAGAGUGAGGUGCAAUUUGAUGAAGCAAAACUCAAGCAAGCUGAGGAGGAGGAUUUCCAAGCGUGUAGUGCUAUAAACGAUGAAUGGAAUGCGAACGUGGCAAAGAUACGAGAGGCCAAACACGUAGAACUAAGGGAAACUUAUAAAAAGAAAGCCUUUGAAAAGAUGGUAAAAAGAGAGGCAAUGCUGGGGAAUUUGAGGGAACAAGUCGACGAAAAAAUUAGGAAGGCCAAGGAGGAGGCUGUUACAUUCAUCACUGCAGAAAAUAUCGACGCGAUGAUCGAGGAAUGUCUUGCGAACGUCGUCGAUCACAAUCGUGCGAUAGAUUUGCAGGGGAACUGGUACGAUGGAAAGCAUCCCGCAAUGCCAACCGACGAGAAGAUGGCGACGCAGUCAACGGUCGUCCAGCAAUAAGUUUAAUUUUAGAAGUCGAUGUCCAGAGAUUGUUUAAAGAAAUGAGGAUAGAUGAAUUUUGCUCUUGAAAUUUGACUACGUUCGCUGAUAAUGUAAUAUAAUCACGAACAUUAUUGUUUUCUCCAGGAGUUCUAGACUUGCUGGGAUGAUAUGAUAAGCAUAAGAAUUGAUAGACUAUUGUAAUAAAUACGAAAUAAAUGUCUCACGAUCGUUCCUUAAA